AUGGCCGACGAAGAUUACGCAAUUGAGACUACCGAUGCCGGAGCCUCCGCCACCAUUCCUAUGGAAGCUGGUCAAAUUAAGAAGGGAGGAUUCAUGAUGAUCAAGGGAAAGCCCUGCAAGGUCCUCAGUAUCUCCGUCUCCAAGACUGGAAAGCACGGUCACGCUAAGUGUAACUUUACCGCCGUCGAUAUCUUCACUGGAAAGAAGCUGGAAGAUAUGAUUCCUUCCUCGCACGGAACCACCGUCCCAAUUGUCAACCGUUCUGACUGGGAAAUCAUCGACAUUGAGGGUGAAGAACUUACACUUAUGGACGAAGGUGGUAACCAAAAGACCGAUCUUAACCUUCCCAGUUACCCCGACACUAUGGCUGAAGAAAUCCGCAGUGCCUGGAAUGGAGGUGAAAACAGUGUCAUUGUCACUGUCCAAGCCGCCGUCGGUAUCGAACAAGUUGUCGCCUGGAAGAAGGAGGGUUAA